ACGUCACAGUCGCAGGUACGGUGAACGGCGCUGCAUGCGUUUCUUGCCGCUUUUUCGAUUUACAGAUUCAUAUUCCGUAGUACGUCUAUCGGCCACCGACUAGGACGCACAACAGCGACCAUCACCCAUCUCGAUGCCAAUAUCCGUUAUAUAGUGAAUUGUGAUAGUUUUAUACCGUACCAUAGACAAUGAUGGCUACCCGUUAUAUUUUGUUUUGUUUGGUGAACGUGUUUGUGUUGGUGCAACAGAAUUAUGCUCAAAGAUCUCCAACGAUAUCGUAUAUAACGCAGACACAGAUUAAGGAUAUAGGAGGGACAGUGGAGCUCCUGUGUUCAGUACAAUACACUCAAGAUUAUUCUGUGAUAUGGAUGAAAGUAGAUAAAAGUCAAACGUCUUACAGUUUACCAAUUUCUACUGGAAGUUCUUUAAUUUUACAUGAUUCCCGUUUUUCACUUCGAUAUGAUACUAGUAGUUCUACUUACUUGUUACAAAUCAAGGACAUACAGGAAACAGACGCUGGGUUCUACCAAUGCCAGAUUCUUAUAUCGCCCAGCAACAGAGUAACAGCGGAAGUAGAGCUGCAAGUCAGGAGACCUCCCUUUAUUUCAGAUAACUCGACUAGAUCUGUCGUUGUUUCUGAAGGAGAAGCUGUUGAGAUGGAAUGUUACGCUGGAGGAUAUCCACCACCAAGGAUAUCAUGGAGAAGAGAAAACAACGCCAUCUUGCCAACGGGUGGAUCGAUAUACAGAGGAAACAUUCUUAAGAUAAAGUCAAUUAGAAAGGAAGACCGAGGCACUUACUACUGUGUAGCUGAGAAUGGAGUGGGAAGGGGAACGAAAAGAAAUAUUGCCGUUGAAGUGGAGUUUGCUCCGGUGGUGGUCGUUCCAAGACCUCGUCUGGGCCAAGCCCUUCAGUUCGACAUGGACCUGGAGUGCCACGUGGAAGCUUACCCACCACCAGCUAUAACAUGGGAAAAAGACGAUAUUACAUUAUCGAAUAAUCAGCAUUACAAAAUAUCACACUUCGCAGUCGCUGAUGAAUUUACAGACACAACCCUAAGGGUUAUAACAAUAGAAAAGAGGCAAUAUGGACCAUAUGUCUGCAAGGCAGCUAAUAAGCUGGGAUCGGCUGAUGGAAGAGUUGAACUCUUUGAAACAAUCAUCCCCGUUUGCCCUCCUGCCUGUGGCUCUGCUAGGUACGCUGGCGCUGCUACCAUCUCAACUAGUACCGCUGGAUUGCUCCUUACGCUUGUCAUAUUUGUUUUUAGAAGUCUCAGAGCCCAAUCCUAACUAUCCAGGAAUAAUAUGGUUAAAUUCAGUUACGAAGAAUCUCCCAGCAGCUUUAGCUAGUGUAAUCACUUUAGUGUUGAUAUUGUUUAAUUAAACUGGAACAUGUUAGCCAAUUUUCAGUAUAUGCAAUUUUUUCUUGCAUAAAAUAUAAACCUUCUCUCACUGUAAUAGGAAUGUGCUAGACAUGCAAACAUUUUCCCAUAAUAUUGCAGCUUUUGAUGAGACCUUGUAACUGAGGACAAAACUUACAAAAAAGACGUAUAUAAAACAAUUAAAAAAUAUAUUAACGAAUCACCAAAGAGUAUAUUUUUGAAUGAGAAAUAACAAACUUAAGCCAAGACUUUAUCAGCCAGCCAUAUUCUGUAACUUUUAACAAAUCGUAUAGAAAUGACCAAGUCGAAUCGUAAGUACCCGAAAUCGGAAUGUUUGAUAUCUAUGUUUUCGUUGUUUUCGUGUUUGAAUUAGCAUUUCGUAACUCACAUCGUAAUCAGUGUAAAUCGAAAACGCCAACUUCUAUUUGACGCGCUCAGGAGGAAGUGUCAACACCGCAAUGCAAAGUAAAAUAAGUAUUCUGUGCGAAGAAUUCGUCAAAAAAAAGAAGAACUUUUGGUUUGUUUUGGUUAAGUUGGACAAAUUCAACACAACAAAGAAUAAAAAAUGGCAAGUGGAACACCAACUGGGAACAAGAACACCAAAAAAAUCAUCUGCUGAGCAUUUAAAUGACGUAGUGUACUUUAUCUCUGAACAUAAAAUAUUAUUGCACGGUAAAAAGGGAGUUUUUUCACUAAGAAAAAUGUUGGCUUACGUUUGAAACACACUAGAGACGUUCAAAUCUACAUAUUCUACCAGUAAAUUAAUUAGAGCAGCAAUUUUUAAAAAUGUUUAAUGAUUUCUAUUAACCAUGAUGCUGUAUAAUUAUUAGUAUAUAAAAUUAAAUAUACACUUACAGUUGAGUCCGGGAAUCUUUACCCGUGCGUCAUCAUUUAAAACAUACGAAAUAAGUCGAUGAUAAGUCGGAAAUUGGAAUUUACUAAACGCAACAGCAAGUCACUUACUGUCACUUGCUGCUGUUGCGUUUAGUAAAUUUCAAUUUCCGACUUAUCAUCGACUUAUUCCGUAUGCUUUAAAUGAUGACGCACGGGUAAAGAUUCCCGGACUCAACUGUAUCUAAAUAAAUAACAACACAGACUAAAAUCGCUCACUAAUUUAACAAAUAAACGUCAAAACAACAAUAGUAGUGCUAAUGCGCAAGCGUCAAGACCAACUACGAUGUCGAAAUGUGAUCUCGACAAGGCUUGUCUAGUCGAAAUCAACUUCUACCCAAGGCAAACGUUCCCAUAGUAUUUCUUCAAAUUCCGAUCCGACUUGCUGACCUCUAUUCGAUUUGACUCAUUUCUAUUCUAUUUGUAGUUACAGAAUAGACCUGUACACCAAAAAACUGGAAUAGUCUUACGGAAACUGGAAAUGUGCAUUUCCUAUGCGAAUAUUGCCUAAAAACGAGUCAAUUGUUGUUUGUGACGUACCAAAUAUCGUUCUAGUACUCCAACUACAGUGAGUCCCUUAAACCCCAAGCAUGGUGUAAAAAAACCCGGUCAGUGUUAUAACUUCGACAAUAAUAUACUGAAAACUGGACUAGAAAUUGUGUGUCAAUGUUUUGUAUGACUGCAUUUUACCGAAUAGGCUGCUAAAACGAUCAAAAAAAUCGAAAUCGGUAUGAUAUGGUGCAUUUAAAGAAAUUAAUAUAAAUGUUUAGAUGUAACAGGCAAAAUAGAUUUUUGUUGGAACUUCAGUCAAAAAUUAUAGCAUCCAAAACAUUUUGGACUACAUUUAACUCUUUCAGCUCCGGUGACGCGUAUGCGCGUCCAAAUAUGACUAUGUCGUGAACGCGUACGCGCGUCUAUGGCACGUACGUAUUCAAACGAAAUUAUUUCUGCCGGCACAGGAGAUGAGGAGGGAAAUAUUAAAGCGGAGCUGAAAGGAUUAAGCUAAACAUAUAUAUCAUCGGUAUCAUUUAGAGUCUGUUUGCCUAAUUAGACUACACCUACAUUGGAUCCGUAUUUCUCCGAUCCGAUCCGACGUGAAACAAACUCAAGUAUUAAAGCGCAGUGUGCCUACACUGCAGUGAGAAGCCCGAUCCGAUAUCGGGCGAUUGAUAGGAGAAGCUACUCACUUCGACGUCGGCCGAUAUCGGAUCGGUCUUCUCACUACAGUGUAGGCACUGCGCUUUAAUACCUUCCCUAAUAACACUAAACAUUCCAUGUAUGUUCCUAGAAUGUACACACAGGACAUUGAAAACAUUCGUGGAAUGUCCUCAAAAGCACAAGAACGUCCCCUAAAUUCCAAGGAAAGUCCUGUGUCAACAUUUUAAACAUUCCUUGAAUGUCUUGUUGGAACAUUCCAUGAAUGUCUACGAAUGUUCUUUGGACAUUCACAGUAUAUUUUUUAGACAGUCCCUGGAUAUAGUCGCUGAUGUGACAUACUACCUCCGAUUUGUUUUUCAUGAGUUUUGUAAGAGAAACUAAAAGCUUUUUUACAGUCACCUCCUGUUUUCAUAUGAUAUUUUUUGACAUGUUUUGUAGUAAAUUCAACUAUCUAUUUACUUCAAAACAUGUCAAAAUUUACAUGAAAAAACAGGAGAUGACCGUAAAAAUGGUUUUUCGUCUCCUACAAAAUUCAUGAAAAAGCAGAUAGGAGGUAUAGGGCUUUUCAUCGAUUGUCAUUUGUUUCGAGCUUCUGUCAUGUGUCACAUAAUAUUAUUAUAUCUACGUCAUACGUCUUUGGUUUCUAUCAUUGGUAUAUAACAAUAACGUAUGACGUAGAUAUAUUAACAUUAUGUGACACAUGACAGAAGCUCGAAACAAAUGACUGUGAAUGAAAAGCCCUAUUGUCACAUCACCGAGGAUAUACCAGAAGUAUAUGUGGCCAUACCAAAUAAUACAUCCUUGAUAAAUAUAAGUAAACAUUUUUAUUGCACAAAAUCUUGUCAUAUAUUUUUUUCCAUAAUCAUCACUACGAUGAUGAUUCAUUGUAUUGAAUUGUACAUUGCAAUUACAAUCUGGUCAUAACUUAUCAAUGAGCAAUUUUAAUUUAACCUAAAUUACUACUGUUCCUUAUAAUGAAGAGCUUACCUCAUAGCGUCUCUUAUCUAAUCAAACACGAUCGUGCACUAUUCUAACAUACACAGGUACACAAGCACUAUGCUCUGCUUUUCACUAUCACCUAUCACUCAAACUAGUUCAAAAGGCUUUGUCCUCUUCAAUCUUCUAGUUUGCCCAGCAGUAUCGAGAAGCUGGAUUUCCACAAUAUUCUCGUACUUAUGAAGUUGUUGCUCGUGACUUUCUGCCAUCUUCUUGAUGAUUACAUCCAGGUUCCAUUUCUAGGUCCUUAUGGAGAUCACUGUUUGUCACAUACCAAGGAGCAUCUACAAUAUUUCUCAGUAUUUUGUUCUGGAAUCUUUGUAUCAUUUUUAUGUUACUUGUUCUAGUAAGUACACCCCCAUAGUGGGCAUCCAUAAGUCCAUACAGGUCUUAAUAUUUGUUUAUAAAGUAAUCACUUAUUAUGCAUCGACAAUGUGGAUUUUCUUCCAACUAGCCAAUACACUUUUUACAUAUAUCUUUCUUUUGCCUUUCAUAGCCACAAGGCUAUACGUUUCCUUCCUGUUUUUUUUUGUAGGCCACUUUCAGCUGAGUCUAAAAAAAAUUAAAAUGGAUGGUAAUUUUUCUAUUCUUUACAAUUAAACAUCAAAAGAAAUAGGUACUAUUUACAGGUAAUAAUAUGCAUAAAUAAUUCGUUUCAUAAAGAAUAAAUAAAAUUGAAAACGGAUUUUAUAAUACUACAUAAUUGUUUAAACAAAAGAGAUCCAGCCAGAACAAAACUAACAUACAGAACAGCAAAAAAAGCCACUAUAUAAUUCUAAUUUCCAUUUUACAUCCAAUCAUAAAUUUUUAGGUUAUCAUGAAAUGUGAAAAUGUGAUGACCACGCGGCACGCGACCCUAACAUAGAACACGCGCGGCAAAUUUGAAAAUGAACGCAAAUUGAAUAGUAAAUGGCCUCACUUAAAAUAUAGGACAUUGGUAGUAUGUUCAUAGACUGUCUUGUGGUAGCAUUCCACCAAUAAUUUAAUCAGAUGUUCACCGAAUGUUCCUUGAAUGUCCAGGACAUUCAAACAUUAAUAGAACUUUGAUAGUACAUUCCUGGAAUGAUUUGUGUUGUUAGGGUUGAGUUUAUUUUCAAUCCGAAGUCGAAUCGGAUCGGAGAAAUAUUGAUCCAAUGUAGGUGCAGCCGUACCCAUCCCCUAAUGUUUCUGUCUAGUGUCAUAUCAAUAUUAAUUUCAUUAAUUUAGACAGAAUUUCUCAGAUCUGUACUCAGAUAGACUCAGUAAAUAAAAUCCGUUCGGGAUUUCUAGUUUUAACUGAAUGUAGCAGUCAAAUCUAGUUUUGACUAGUUAAAACUUGAAUUGUCUAAAGCGCAUAGUUAAAACUAGUGUUUCCUAGUAAAUUCGGGUUUUAACUGAAAUCGGGUUAUAACGGUAACAUAUAUAUUGCAUUAUAAAGUUUUACUACUACUAAUUAGACAAGCAUACUAUUAUUACAUUUUAUUUGGUUUAACGAAAAUGACUUGGUCAAUUGAUUGUUUUAGUCUUCAAAAUUUUUAAAAGAUAAAAAAAUUCGUAUGUCUUAAUAGACCCAGUAAGGAUCUUCGAAAAAACGUCUAUUUUUGGAUGUGAGAGGUGGCAUUCGGAUUUUUGAAGAUAAAGUUAGGUGACACCUUCAGUAAUAAUAAUUGACUUUGCUUCUUCUCAAAUAUGCCCGGAACAUUAAUAAAAAAAUUAAAAUAUUUAAAAAUUUCGAAAAACAUGGAUUUUUUCUGCUUCCUUUGCUUAUAACUUUAAAACGAUUCGUUUUGGAACAAAGUCGUAGAGAAAUAAAAUAAAGAUAAUUGAAUUUUGUAUGAUAUACGACUGGUAAAAAAUGUCUUAGGGUAUUACCUUUUCUGCAAUAUAGCAAUAAAUACAAAAUAAGGGGGCAAAAUAAGUCUGUUGUUAUUCAAUAUUGUUUAACCACUUUGGUGGCACUUAGAACCUUAGUAAUUCGCUUAGGAAAUUCUUUGUAACAUACUUAAAUCGUGUACCAAAUUUCAAUAAAAUCGACCUAAUAAAUUUUGCAUAAUAAAUUUGCAAUCUAAAUGUUUUUAAAAAAGUUCAAAUUGUUUAAAAUCUUUCUGAACAAAAAGUAGACCAUUUAGAAGUUGGCUAAUUUUUUUACAUAUAGAGGUGCUCUACCUAUCUAAUACACUUUACAGAAUUAAAAUCGGAUUAUUUAAGGGGCCUCAGCAAUGUUUUAAAUUUAUAAACAAUUUUUGGCUUAUAAACAAAUAGUUUUGUUUAAUAAUAAAAAAAAUUAAUUUUUAGCAAUGCAAAUAAUUAAAACCGGUAUAAUUUGACUUAAACUUUCAAAUGCUUUCAGCAGAAUUGCUAUUUUAUUUUUUAAUCAAACGUUAUUCGCGUUCAAAAAUUGCAAUUUUUCGAUUUUUUUAAGUUCCACCGCGUUUAUCUCGAAAACUAUGCAUCCUACGAAAAAACUUGUAAAAACAUUUUUUGCUUAGAAUUACCCAAGAAAUACAAAAAAAAAAUGUUUUAUUUUGCGAAAAAUCGAUGUUAUGUAAUUCCUCAAGUUUGUUUAUAACAAUCUUAUCGACAUCCGGAUCAACUGUUACCCAAAAAAAUCGUGUUAUACGGGUCAAAAUACAUAAAAAAACUUGGGUAUGUCCAUCGAAAUAAAGGAGCCCGUAGCACCCCCUCCUGGCCACAGCACUAAUUUGUUUAUAAGCCAAAAAAUUGUUUAUAACUUUAAAACAUUGCUGAGGCUGUUUAAAUAAUCCGAUUUCAAUUCUGUAACGUGCAUUAGAUAGGUGGAGUACUUCUUUAUAUGUAAAAAAAUUGACAAAUCUUUGUAUGUUCUAGUUUUUGUUGUGCAAGAUUUUAAAAAAACUUAAUUUUUUCAAAAAAGGUUAGAUUGCAAAAUUAUUAUGCAAAAUCUAGUAAGUCAAUUUUAAUGAAAUUUGGUGUACUGUUUUAGCACAUUACAAAAAUUUUCUAAGCGAAUUAGGAAGGUUCCAAGUGUAACCUAAGUGAUGGAAAAUAAUUGAAUAAGGACAGGCUUGUUUUGCCCCCUUAUUUUAUAUUUAUUGCUAUUUUGAAGCAAGGGUGAAUUAAGACAUUUUUAACCAAUCGCAUCUGAUAGAAAAUUUUGUUCUAUUCUUUGUUUUAUUCCUAUACGACUUCGUUCUAAAAUGAAUGGUUUUCAAGUUAUAAGCAAAAAAAGUAGAAACAAAACGAAAUUUAUUGAAAUUUUUAAAUAUUUUAUUUUUUUUUUAUUAAUGUUCCGGGCAUAUUUGAGAAGGAGCAUAAAUCAAUUAUUAUUAACGAAGUUAUCACCUAACUUUAUCCGCAAAAAUCUGAAUGCCACCUCUCACAUCCACCUAAAAACAGAUCCUUACUAGUCUAUAAAACUGUGUAUGUUUUAUUACGAAACCAUUUUAUAGUAUUGUUAAAACAUUUUUUGACGUUAGUUCCAAUAAAAAUCUCCAUUAUUCAAUAAUUGUGAAGUUAGCUUUAGCUUUUUACACCUUUUUAUACGAUUUAUACUUUUUUAUACCCAUUUGUGCACAAUUUUCGUCAGUUCCAUAAGUUUUUAUUUUUUUAUAUAAAAAACCUCAUGAUGCAUUCAGUAUUCAUGUAGCAGCAGCUAACAAAAUGAUUUUAAAUCUGUCAAUAAUUAACAACGAUAAUAUAUAAUGUAUAUUUUUUAAUGUAUUAUUAAUUUGGCAAUAGGAUGUUGAAGUUCCUUGGCAAAAGGAUGAACAAAAAGUCGAUCAAUAUUUUUCUUGACUUAUGAAGUCGUAAGUCAGAACGUUACUUGGACAAUUUUUUUAAAGAUACUGGAAAAAGUUUAAGAUAAAAGUUCUGAUAAAGUUUACUAUAUUUUGUUUAUUUAAACUGAUAUAGAGGAGAACAGCAGAUAAUCAUCAGAAAAAGCUAUCAGAACUCCUUUCUCUUGAUUUUUUUCUUUCUGUAUUUUUAAACAUUGGACUCAAAUUUCAUAUCGUCUUUUAGAUACUAGUGUUGCGUUUUUACUUAUUUUGCGCUAAAUAUUUCAAUUUAUGGAGUGUUUUCAAUUUUCAUUCCUUUUUCUUUUAAAUCAUACCCAUUUCUUUCUUUGGUCCCAUCUCGUAUUUCUAUAGCUGUUCCCAUGCAGGUAACGCAUACUUCCAUGUGUGGGGCAUAACAAAAAUUUCAGAGUAGCUUUUUCUUCUUUGAGAGCUUCCAUGACAAUUUGCUGAUAUUCUUCUCGAUCUUGCACGACUUGUAACAAUUCAUCUUUUGAUAAGCCAUUCCAUUGACACAGGUUUCAGAGCCAUGAAUAUUUCUUCCUUCCAAUUCACUUUUUCCCUAGAUCUUUCCGUCGAGUAUUGACUGCAGUAUCCAGUAUAUUCUUUGUCCACCUGUUAUCUGUCAUUCUAACCACGUGACCUGUCCAGUUCCAUUUCAGUGUUGCUAUUCUCUCUACUGCAUCAGCCACAGCUGAUCUUUGUCGUAGCUGGCGGUUUAGAAUCUUGUCUCAUGGUGAAAUGCCUAUGAUAGCACGCUCCAUCGCCCUUUGAGACACACGGAUAUUUGCACUGCUCUCAUUGUCAUGGUCAAGGUUUCCCCUCCGUAAGACAACACUGGUAAAACACACUGAUUAAAAUUUUUUCUUUUAAGACAUAUUGGUAUGUCACACGAUUUGAAAAUAUGGUUCAGCUUGCCGAAGGCUGCCCAAGUCAGUCUUGUACGACGGAGAAGCUCAACAGUUUGGUUAUCUUUUCCUAUGCGAAUCUCAUGAGCUAGGUAUUUAUAAGCCAUUACCUGGUCUAUAGAUCUUGAUCCUACGGAUAUCUUAGCCGACUGCAAGAUUUGUCAUCAUCUGGGUUUUAGAUGUAUUUAUUUUCAAUCCCCCUUCUAGCGAGGAAAGGUAAAGUUGAUUUAAAAGUACACUCCACUUGUUCUCUUUAAACAAGUGUAGUUAAAAACUAAGUAGAUAUCUAAUAUACAAUGUUACUUGUCAAAUAAAAUCCGAUGAGAUAAUAUCAUAAAAUGGUAUUAUCUCUUCUUCUUUUCGACUAUAUAAAAUGUACUAGUCAUUUUGCUGGUACUUUUCUACUUUAGUUAGAUUCUAAUCCAAAAUUUGGAAAUUAGAAGGUAAAUUCUUCUUGUAAAAGAAACUUCAACAUAAAAUUGAUUGUACAUACUUUGAUAAAAGUAGUUAGAUGGCCUAAGAAAUAUUUUAUGAUUAUGUACUAUAGUUAAGUUAUUUUUCUAGUUUGAUUAUUCUGAAAUAGCGAUAUUACUGUUUGGAUAUUCUCUAAUGAUUGUGUUCUUUAUUCAAUAACUGAGGUUCUUAGUACCUAAUUAAGAUGUGCACCUUUAACAACGAGAACCUAUUAAGAAGCUCUUCUGCAUCAAGUUCAAAUUAGUGAUGUUAGGAAAAAUUAACAAGAAAAAAAAUAAGAUUAGCAGAGAUGUUUUUAUGGGUUUUUCAUAGUUUUUAUUUGAUAACAUGCAUUCCUUUAAUAGACUGGGUAUGUGGUUGUUUUUAAUAUUGAAUUCUUAAGUCUGUAUCAUUCGUCCAUUUUUUGUUUUUAAUAAAGAUAUAAUUUUA